AAUAAUAUAGUAGCGUUGAAUGUUUGAAUCGUUACGAUCGAUUUAACAUGACGUCUUACAUCGCCUGCUCGUGUAACAACGCUCCUUAUUGCGCCGACUGGGGUGAUAAUGGAUUGAUUUGUUUUGGUGCUUGCAAUGCGGUCGCUAUAUAUGAACCAUGUGCCCGCAUUGGUCGUAUAACGCACACGCUGCACAAACAUCAAAGAGAAGUUACCACGGUACAUUGGAUAAAGCCGGGGAACGGCGCGCCGGAAUCAGAAUUGCUGUCCGGCUCCGUCGACGGUACCGUAAACAUUUGGAGAAGGAAUUCUCAGAACAAUGAAUUUCAAUGUACCUCGACGUUGAAUGCAGGAUCCAAGAUUAUUUUUGCCGAGUCCCUUCAAUUGACCAAUAAUAAUGUUCCACUAGCACUUGAAAAAGUAUUGAUAUGCACAGGUGCUGUCUCUGGCGAAGUAAAACUAUGGUUGAGAGAAGACACUGUGGAGGUCCAACAAAUUCAGCCUAUCCUUUUUGAAAAAAAUUUAUUGCCAAUAUAUUGUCGCUUGACAUACUUGCCCAACACUACAUGUAUUCUUUUGGCCCUAACAUUACACGAUGCUUCUGUUCGAUUAUAUACAAAGUCAGAUGUACCAGAGUCAUAUUUUAUGAAGGCCCAGCAUUUAAUCGGGCAUGAGAGUUGGGUAAUAUCUAUGGAUUUUACUCAGGAUAAUUAUGGAAAUCUUUUUCUUGCAACUGGUUCACACGACAAUAUGAUACGAUUAUGGAAAAUCAACAAAAUUAUCGAAGAACCACAGACCGAUGAACUUAGAUUAAAAAGUUAUACCUUUGCGGUGAAUGAUAAACAGUAUAAUGUUACUCUUGAAUCUGUACUAUGGGGUCAUGAAAACUGGAUUUAUGGUCUACAUUGGCAGUCCAUGAAAGGAAACAAUUGUGAAACGAUGAGAUUAUUGUCCUGUUCAAUGGACAAGACCAUGGUUAUAUGGGAACCACGUGACAUUAUGAAUGGAAUAUGGUCAGAAACAGUACGCGUUGGAAAAGUUGGUGGUAAUUCUCAAGGUUUUUAUGGUUGUAAAUUUAGUCCAGACGGAUCACACAUAUUGGGAUAUGGUUAUCAGGGUUCUUUCCAUGUCUGGAAAUAUUCCCAGGAAAUGGAUGAAUGGUGUCCACGUCCCAUGCCUGGUGGACACUUUUCUCAAGUAGUCGACUUAUGUUGGGAGCCAAAAGGAAGAUUCCUCAUCACAGCUAGUAGUGACCAAACUGUAAGAAUUCACGCGCCAUGGAAAGAUAACAAUUAUAUGGAACUAUGGCAUGAAAUUGCACGUCCUCAGAUACAUGGAUAUGAUAUGACAUGUCUAACCAUGUUGACUCCACAGACAUAUGCUUCUGGAGCAGAUGAGAAGGUGGUGCGUAUUUUCACAGCCACAAUUACGUUUAGAAAUCAAUUAAAAUCACUGGCGAAUGUCGACGAUUUCGAAUCCAUACAAGCUUACAGUGCUUCUGUACCUUCCCUUGGAUUAACGAAUAAAGCGAUGAAUUACGAAGAUAUGAAUGAUACUGAUGAAGACAUGAAAAAUUUUGUAACGGAGAAACAUGUAACGGAGAACAUAUAUGAACCAUUCACAGAAGAGGAAUUGAUAAAAAAAACACUUUGGCCAGAAGUAAAUAAACUUUACAGACACGGUUACGAAAUAUUCUGUGUAGCAGCGAGAUAUGAUGGAAAAUUAUUAGCUACAUCAGCAAAAUCAAAUAAUAAAGAACACGCGGCAAUUUUAUUAUGGGAUACCAAUACCUGGAUGGAAAUUCAAAACUUGGUUUAUCAUCAUUUGACUGUAACACAAAUGGAGUUCUCUCCAGAUGGGAAAUAUUUAUUGUCUGUGUCCAGAGACCGGAAUUGGUCGUUGUUUAAAAAUAUAGAUGGAUAUCAUAAAUUAAUCGCAGCAAGUUCCAACAAUGAUAAUCCGCAUUCGCGAAUAAUUUGGUGUUGCUCUUGGACGCAAGAUUCGGAUUAUUUUGCAACUGGAUCCAGAGAUGGAAAAGUUGCUAUUUGGUCUACGAGCACAAUAGAGAAUAAUGUUAUACCAAACAUAAUUUUGGACAUGCACAAUCAGUCGGUUACAGCAUUAUGCUUUGCACCAAACUGUAUCACACAAGGAUCCUAUCUUCUAGCUAUCGGAUUCGAGACGGGACAUAUCGAAAUCCGAAGAAUCAAUAUAUAUUUGGACAAUACAUGGUCUGUAUUGCUGAAGUAUGAUACUUCACAGGCUCAUCAUUUAACGGUGAAAAGACUCAAGUUUCGACCUAACGAUAAUCAGUCACGUGAUACACUGCAAUUAGCAAGUUGUAGUUCCGAUCAUUCCGUUAAAAUAUACAAUAUAGAUCUAUCAUCUUUGUUAUCUUCAUUAUCAUUAUUAACAUUAUAGUUUUUAUCAAUAUACAAGAAUUCUUAUAGAUUUC